GUUCCAAGUUUCGGCUUCUCCGUCUAUAUCUCCUAUUCACUCGAGAAAAGUUUCUGGACCGCCGGCGCUGAUAUGGAAGAAGGUAACGUUGUUAACGGAGCUCAACUUGUUGGCGGUGAUCACCCCGAUUCCAGGGGAGACUUUGGGAAGAUGCUUUACGGAUGCGAGCAUUACCGGAGACGAUGCAAAGUCCGCGCCCCGUGCUGCAACGAGGUUUUCUCCUGUCGCCAUUGCCACAACGAGGCCAAGAGCGGUUUGAGCCAUCCCAAGGAGCCUCAUGAACUUGUUCGCCAUGAUGUUAAGCAAGUUGUUUGUGCUGUCUGUGAUACUGAGCAGCAGGUUGCUGGAGUCUGUGUGAAAUGCGGGGUAAAAUUUGGGGAGUACUUCUGCGAAAUCUGCAGGUUCUAUGAUGAUGAUACAUCAAAGAAGCAGUUUCACUGCAAUGAUUGUGGGAUCUGUAGGGUCGGAGGUUCUGAAAAUUUCUUUCACUGCCAGAAGUGCGGCUCUUGCUAUGCGGUUGAUCUGCGAAAUAAUCAUGUGUGCGUGGAGAACUCUAUGAAGAAUCACUGCCCGAUUUGCUAUGAGUUCCUUUUUGAUUCAGUGAAGCGCACAACCAUUAUGAAGUGUGGGCAUACAAUGCAUAUGGAAUGCUACACUGAGAUGAUAAGCCAGAACCAGUACCGGUGCCCAAUCUGCAACAAGUCGGUGCUCAACAUGACCCGAACCUGGGAAACAUUAGAUCAGGAGAUUGAAGCUACAAUCAUGCCCGAGGAGUACCGCUAUGAAGUUCCAAUAUUGUGUAACGACUGCAACAACACCAGUACUGUAACAUUUCAUAUUAUUGGCCAAAAAUGCCGCCAUUGCAACUCAUACAACACCCGCAACCUAGCAACCAGCAGUGAAAAUCGCCAAUGAUCGUUUAUUCAGUUCUUCAGUUGAUUAGAGAAGUUGGAUUUUUGGACAUUUUUCUCAUUGCUUAAAACAUAGUUUCACGACAAUGUUAGUUGGUUUGUUCUUGCAUUUGGUCUCUUUAGAGGAGAUCUGAUCUGUGGCAUAUUAGACCAAUUUUUUACUAUUUUAUAGCAGCAACUUUUAAACUGAAGUUUAAUU